AUGCGUUUCGAAUUGUGCACGACACAAAGAUGCGUACGUAUUGAUUCCGCUACAGCUUUCCGUACCUAUAUUUACAAAGAUGGGUGGGGGGAGGCUACUACAAUCUAUCUAUCUAUCUAUCUAUCUAUCUAUCUAUCUAUCUAUUUCACUCUUUUAUAUAUCUCAGCACACAUACACAAAUAUAUAUAUAUCUAUCUUAGAUUGUUCGUAUCUACCUAUCUAGUUCAAUCACCUCUAUCUCUCCCUUGGUUUCUCUAUGUGUCACUGUCUGUCUCUACCUCUCUCUCUCUUUCCCUCUUUCUGUCUCUCUUUCUCUCUCUCUCGCUAUCUGUCACUCCCUGUCUGUGUCGCUUUCUUUGUUUUUCACUGUCUUGUGUGUGUCUCUCUCUCUUUCUCUCUCUCUCUCUCGCUAUCUGUCACUACCUGUCUCUGUCGCUUUCUUUGUUUUUCACUGUCUUGUGUGUGUCUGUCUGUCUCUCUUUCUCUCUCUCUCUCGCUAUCUGUCACUCCCUGUCUCUGUCGCUUUCUUUGUUUUUUACUCUCUUGUGUGUGUCUGUCUGUCUCUCUUUCUCUUUCUCUCGCUAUCUGUCACUACCUGUCUCUGUCGCUUUCUUUGCUUUUCACUCUCUUGUGUGUGUCUGUCUCUCUCUUUCUCUCUCUCUCUCGCUAUCUGUCACUACCUGUCUCUGUCGCUUUCUUUCUUUUUCACUGUCUUGUGUGUGUCUGUCUCUCUCUUUCUCUCUCUCUCUCGCUAGCUGUCACUACCUGUCUCUGUCUUUCUUUGUUUUUCACUCUCUUGUGUGUGUCUGUCUGUCUCGCUCUCUCUGUUUCUCACUGUCUUUUUCUCCCCAUGUCUCUCUCUCUUUCCCUCUUUCUGUCUGUCUCUCUCUCUCGCUAUCUGUCACUCCCUGUCUCUGUCCCUUUCUUUGUUUUUCACUUGUGUCCGUCUCUUUCUCUCUCUCUAUUUCUCACUGUCUUUUUCUCCCCAUGUCUCUCUCUUUUUCCCUUUCUCUCUUUCUGUCUCACUCUGUUUCCCUCUGUGUUUCUCUGCUUCUGUCUCUAUCUUUCUGUCGGUUUCUCUCUGUGUCUCUGUCUGUCUCUAUCUCUGUCUCUCUCCCUUCCCCUCUUUCUGUCCGUCCCCGCCCCUCUCGGUCAACCUAA